CUCUCAAAAGGCUAUCCACUAUUGAAGGUUGGACUUUUUUCCUGACUUUCUUACAAGGCCAGGCUCAACUCGAACUGGCUGCUCCUACCAAGGUGACUUCAGUUAAUUAUUGAGUUUUCUUUAACCAGCAUUUGAGUGUUAGUUUUGUAAGAAAAUUUGUUUUGGGAAACUCUCCUUUCAAUAUGCCAAUGCAGGAAACAGUGUUAGUGACAGAAGUAUGUCAUCCUAAAUACAUAACAAAUCCUUGUGAGCUGCUGUUCGUAGAUUCGGGUGCUGAAUCAGCAGUAUCCUUUGGACCCGACUGGCUUAGAAAUCUCUGCAGUGACACAAGCAUCGGCUCUACCACUAAUCCAGACUUCGAAGGCCAUGAGAAGUCGGGGAUAAAAAGUGUCUUUCAAUUUAAAGAAGAGUCUUGGGCAAAUGUAAAACAGUCACAGAUCCCAAACUUACUGACUUUUCCAGGAACUGCCAACAGAAACUUUCAGUAGUGCUCUACAACACAAAAACUCGGCAGCUUUACAACAGAACCCUGUCGUUCCUAAAAUAUGGAAAAAAGAUAAUCUGAA